UCGAAACCCGAUUUCACUAAAAAAGCGCGUGGCAAUUGCUCUGUAUGCACUAGGAUCUUCUAGUGAAUACAGAUCAAUUGGACAUUUGUUUGGAGUAGGCGAAGCAACUGUUUGCAAAAUACUCAUCGAGUUUUGCAAUGAAGUUGGGACAUCUUUGGCUCCAAUAUAUUUGAAAAAUUUUCCACUGACAAGGGCGCAAAUUGAGAAUGGAGUCGCAGAUUUUAAUGCAAUGGGCUAUCCACAAUGUAUUGGAGCAAUAGAUGGAUGUCAUAUUGAAAUUCAUCCAAGAAAGGAAGAAGCCAUUGAUUACUACAACUACAAAGGGUGGUAUUCCGUAGUACUAUUGGCUUUGGUAGACGCAAAAUAUAGAUUUGCUUAUAUACAUUGCGGCAGUCCUGGAAGAUGCAACGACUCCGGAAUUUUUGAAAAAUCAUCGCUAAAGCGCGAGUUGCAAAGUUGUGCACUUCUUGAUGAAUUGAGCUUGCUGUAUGGAUCCACAAAAAUACCAGUCCAUAUUAUAGGGGACUCUGCUUUUCGUCUCUCUCAGCAUUUAAUGAAGCCAUAUCCUACAAAGAGUCCAAUUGGUUUAAAUCUGAAAAACAACUUUUCACCAGAACAAUAAAAUUUGUAAUACAUAAUUUUAUAAAAUAACAUUUUAUUCAUUUUUGAAAAAAGAUAGUAGUAGGCACUUAGUGCAACUUUAAAAGGCACAAUUCAUUAAAACUUAAAUAUCAUUUCACAUAUUAAUUUUUAACAAUAAAAUUUAUAAUACAUAG